GAGAGGGGGCAACAUUUAGCCCGCGGGGUGCAGCAGGACAACAACCUCGGCGAGUCCCCCACCCCCCCACCUCCAAAACUGUCACACGUGUACUCUCGCUUCAGUUAAAGCUGGCUCCUGAGCCGCUCGGACUCCUGUUUGUUUCAUUAUCUCCUCGGUUCCUUCACGGUGGAAGGGAGGUGAUUCUCUCCGCCGCCAUUUUUGGGGAACUGCUUAUUCGUAAAGAAACUUUGCUAGCUGCUUCCUAACGUUAGCAGCUAGCUGGUUGGCCAGUACCCUGCCUGCCUUUCCUGCAGCUCGUUGUGACAGUUUAAGCUUGGCAGUCAAUCGUUAUCCAGCUCAGCUCUUUGCUUCGCUUUCAUAUAAAUAUUUAUUAUUUUCACUUGCUGACGAAAAUCGGUUAUUGCUAAGGAGAAUAAUCGGGCUGGGCAGAAUGACCGUCUGUAUUUGGGUAGGGCAAUUAUGCGGUUAGAUUAGCGAAUUAGCAUUGCUAACUUAUCGGCUAGCGAAUUCCGCACUCUGAUUUGCCCGGAUUGCUUUGCCUGCCCGUGAUUUAGCCACAGACACCUUGCCCUGCUCUGUUUCCGAGUAACCGGAUUAAGCAGCCGUUCAUACCCCCACUUCAUCUCAACCUGUGUGGAUUCAUUUUUCUUUUCUUGACAAGGCGCCCAUGUACUGGUUCCUUAGGGUCAUCGAUUACCGCAGAUGAAUCUUCAGCUGCUUUGCCAUAGCUCAGCAGCCAGAUAGUCCCAUCGCCUUUGCGUGGGUGAUAAGGGACUACAUUAACCAGGAUGCCCUCCUCCGUAAGGGCAGGGAGCCUCAAGGAUCCGGAGGUGGCUGAGCUUUUCUUCAAAGAAGAUCCAGAGAAGCUUUUCUCCGACCUCCGAGAAAUUGGCCAUGGCAGCUUUGGCGCGGUCUACUUUGCACGGGAUGUGCGCACAAACGAGGUGGUGGCAAUUAAAAAGAUGUCCUACAGUGGCAAACAGUCUAAUGAGAAAUGGCAGGACAUCAUAAAGGAGGUGAAGUUCCUCCAAAGGAUCCGGCACCCCAACAGUAUAGAAUAUAAAGGAUGUUACCUCCGUGAGCACACAGCAUGGCUGGUGAUGGAGUACUGUCUUGGCUCGGCCUCUGACCUGCUAGAAGUUCAUAAAAAACCUUUACAAGAAGUUGAGAUUGCUGCCAUCACACAUGGUGCUCUGCAGGGGCUGGCCUACCUUCAUUCCCAUAAUAUGAUCCACAGGGAUGUGAAAGCUGGCAACAUCCUGCUGACUGAGCCUGGCCAAGUCAAACUGGCAGAUUUUGGCUCUGCCUCCAUUGCCUCACCUGCCAACUCUUUUGUGGGAACGCCAUAUUGGAUGGCCCCAGAGGUGAUUCUAGCUAUGGAUGAAGGCCAGUAUGAUGGAAAGGUGGACGUCUGGUCCUUAGGGAUUACCUGUAUAGAAUUAGCGGAGAGGAAGCCUCCCUUGUUUAACAUGAAUGCAAUGAGUGCCUUAUACCACAUAGCGCAGAAUGAGAGCCCCACGCUGCAGUCCAGUGAAUGGUCAGAAGAUUUUAGAAACUUUAUCGAUUCUUGCCUUCAGAAAAUCCCCCAGGACCGACCGCACUCUGACGACAUGUUGGGUCACGAGUUUCUGCAACGUGAGCGUCCAGACUCUGUGCUGAUGGACCUCAUUCAGAGAACCAAGGAUGCCGUACGAGAGCUGGAUAACCUGCAGUACCGAAAGAUGAAGAAGAUCCUCCUUCAGGAGGCCCACAAUGGGCCCACUUCAGAAGCCCAGGAUGCAGACGAGGACCUGGAGCCUGGUGGAGGUCGGACAGGAACGGUGAAUAGCGUUGGCAGUAAUCAGUCCAUCCCCAGCAUGUCUAUCAGCGCUAGCUCCCAGAGCAGCUCUGUCAACAGCCUGAAUGAAGCAGCCCAGGACAGCCGCAGUGAGCUGGACCUAAUGGAAGGAGAUCACACAGUCAUGUCCAACAGCUCAGUCAUACACCUCAAACCGGAGGAAGAAGAGAGUCUCUCUUUGGAACAAGCGGCCACCAGUGAGCCCACUGAGCCCCAGCCAACACCAGCUCAGGCCCCGAGGAAGCACUACCGCAACAGAGAGCACUUUGCCACUAUACGCACAGCAUCACUUGUGACACGUGAGAUGCAAGAACACGAGCAGGACUCGGAGCUGAGGGAGCAGAUGUCAGGAUACAAACGCAUGAGGCGGCAACAUCAGAAGCACCUAAUGGCCCUGGAGAACAAGCUGAAAGGGGAAAUGGAUGAGCACAGGCUGAGGCUGGACAAAGAGCUGGAGAGUCAGAGGAACAACUUCACCCAGGAGAUGGAGAAGCUGCUUAAAAAACACCAAGCGGCCCUGGAAAAAGACCUGAAGACGUUUGCCAACGAUGAGAAGAAGUUCCAGCAGCACAUUCAGGUUCAGCAGAAGAAGGAGCUCAGCAGCUUCUUGGAGUCGCAAAAGCGGGAGUAUAAACUACGCAAAGAGCAGCUCAAAGAGGAGCUGAGUGAGAACCAGUCAACACCCAAAAAAGAGAAGCAGGAGUGGCUGUCCAAGCAGAAAGAGAACAUCCAACACUUCCAGGCUGAGGAGGAGGCUAACCUGCUGAGGAGACAGAGGCAGUAUCUGGAGCUGGAGUGUAGGCGGUUCAAACGCAGGAUCCUCAUCGCCAGACACAAUGUGGAGCAGGACCUGGCCAGAGAGGAGCUGAACAAACGUCAAACGCAGAAGGAUCUGGAGCAUGCAAUGCUGCUGAGGCAUCACGAGUCCAUGCAGGAGCUGGAGUUCAGGCAUCUGGCAACAAUCCAGAAGGCCCGGGCAGAGCUGAUACGCACCCAGCACCAGACAGAGCUCACUAACCAGCUGGAGUACAAUAAGAGGAGGGAGAGGGAGCUGAGGCGCAAGCAUGUCAUGGAGGUCCGGCAGCAGCCCAAAAGCCUGAAGUCUAAGGAGCUUCAGAUUAAGAAGCAGUUUCAGGAGACCUGCAAAACGCAGACUCGGCAGUACAAGGCCCUCAGGAACCAUCUGCUCGAGACAACACCCAAGUCCGACCACAAGGCUGUCCUAAAGAGGCUGAAGGAGGAGCAGACUAGGAAGCUGGCCAUCCUCGCCGAGCAGUAUGACCACUCCAUCAAUGAAAUGCUCUCCACACAGGCUCUGCGGUUGGAUGAAGCUCAGGAGGCGGAGUGUCAGGUGCUGAGGAUGCAGUUGCAGCAGGAGCUUGAGCUGCUCAAUGCUUACCAGAGCAAAAUCAAGAUGCAGACAGACGCACAGCACGACAAGGAGAGAAGGGAGCUGGAGCAGAGGGUGUCUCUGCGGCGGGCUCUGCUGGAGCAGAAAAUCGAGGAGGAAAUGCUUUCCCUGCAAAACGAGCGUCUGGAGCGAAUCCGCUCACUGCUGGAGCGCCAGGCCCGAGAGAUCGAGGCUUUUGACUCGGAGUCCAUGCGACUGGGCUUCAGCAACAUGGUGCUCACUAACCUGGCUCCCGAUUCUCAGGGAGGCUGGGGAGGAGGAGGAGGAGGAGGCCAGGGGGCUCAGGGGGGAGGCCACUGGCCGGGAGGAGGUGGAGGAAGCAGUCACCAUAGUCAUCACCAGGGGGGCUCCAGCUCACAGCAGUCCUGGGGUCACCCCAUGCUGGCUGGGGGCCCACCACCCUGGAGCCUCCACCACCCUGGUGGGGGUAGUCAGAGGGGUAGCCAAGGAGGUGCGGGAGGGGUGAGGAACAGCCCGCAGGCUAUGAGGAGGACGUCAUCAGGGGGGAGGAGUGAACAGGGCAUGAGCAGGAGCGCCAGCAUCACCUCUCAGAUCUCCAAUGGAUCCCACCUGUCAUACACCUAAAAUACACACGCACACACAAAUUGUCUUAAAGCUAAUAUCUCGCUCCGAGAUAACUGUACACACACGCAUCACGCACAUACCACAGUACAUCUCGCACUGCACAGUACUGAGGCUGGGUUUACCUGAGCCCAGUCGCUCUCCUGUCACCACUGCUCUACAUCAGUGUACUGCUAGCAGCAGUCUGUGGAAACCCAGAAGACUUGAGACUAAUAAGAUACCCGAGGGCCAUUUACAGUAGUGCAAUAGUAGUUUUCUUGUUGUUUUUUUGUUUUUUUUACUGCAGCAUACACUGCUGUGUGUGUUUGUUACUGCCGUAUCAGUCUCUGUUGCCACAAUCCCAAACUAGUGUGUUAAUUUUCUAUUGAGAGUGGUUUGUUUGCCAUCUUCUGUUUCGCAGUAUUGUUUUAAACCCAAGUGGGACCGAUUGUGCACAAAGCUGCUGAGCUUGUCCUUCAAACCAGAUUUAAACUGAUGAAAAGUUAAAUUAGAUUAUUUAUGUGUAGUUGGGGGAAGACUAGAGAACGGAAGGACUGUUUCAAGCGACGCUUGACGCAGCUGAGGAAGUUAAUGGACCGAGAAAGAGAGCGAAGGUCGUUGUAAGUGAAUAGCUGUGGGUGUUGCUGACUGUUUAGCUGCAGUGCAGGGGGACAGUUGUGGUGACAGUAUUAAUUCCAGCUCCAAAGCUAAUCCAGCUGACUUGACGUGAGAAGUUUCAGCGAGAUCAGCAGCCCAGCCCAGCUGCCAAAGGUAAAGGUGCAGAGUUGGAUUUGUCGUUAUAGCUACUCAUGCCAACAAUACUGUGGUGUAGUGAAACACAUUGUGCCGGAGAAAGGCAGUUCAGUGGACAUUAAUGCCACGUGGCCAAGGGAGCCACUUGUCCUUCGUGUUCAGCUCCGUUAUCUCAGCUCUUGGGUUUCCACAGGCCUCUGGCCUUCACUCACACCUGCCCAGUGGAAGGCCAGUCUGAAGGGCACUUGGAUCCUUAUUAGUCUGCAGGCCCUAUGACAGAGAUGGGUUUUCAGCAGCACCUAACCUCAACUUUGAACAGUUUCAAAACUGGUGUUCACUCAUCACUUGUUUGCAAUACAAUUUCAAUCUGAUUUGGCACCAUUUUAGUGAUGCACUAUGCAGUUAGAAACAACAAGAAAAGAGGAAAAAAAAUGACACAAGCCUUUUGGCCUACCUCAAGAACACUCAAGUUAGAGCCUUGAAUGUCUUGAUUUGCACUUUGGCGUAGGCUUUCACCCACUCUUAAUUGUUAAUCGGACACAUUUACACAAACAUGUAGUGGCUAUUCAUUUUAUUCGCCCAGGCAAACAUUACGUAAGCCUGGUUUAUAAAUGCAUGUGCGUUGAAAAUAGCACACUUAGCCUUUGUGAGCUGAGUUGGAUGUAAAUUGGCAACACAGUCAGCAGCAGCAGGCAAAUUUAUUAAUGUAUAAAAACGUCCGUGAAGCUUUGGGAAGUAUUAUUAUUCACAGUUGCCCGAAAUGCCUUUUUGUUAUUUCUUUGUUAUUUUCUUUCUUUCUUUAUUUUUAAACCUUAUAAGACCCUACAGUGAAAACAAAUGAACACAGAGUGAGGAGGAGCUUCACUAGCCCUCAGCUUGGUUGGUGACUGCUGAACGUUUUUGAAGAGUGGAUGGGUGGUGAUGCUGGGAUCUCCGCUGCCAUGCCCCUGCAACCUUCCCCGGUCUGACACCCCGCUCUGUCUCACCCCUGAUGACCACAAUGUCACAUUCUGACCACCGAUCUUGUCCCCCAGCAUCCCUCCGCCUACGUUUCCUCCCCUCUGGAGCCUCCUUUUUGUUUUGGUUUUUUUGGUCUUCGCUCCUUCGCUCCCCUCCUGGAUCUUUGUGGAAAGAGCUCUCUCAAGUAAAACAAAAGAAGAAAGAAAUAUAUAUAAAUGUUAUAAAUCUAUAAAGAAGGAUUAUAGAGAUGUAAAGCUAAAGGUGGAAAGUGUUAUUGUGAAACAGAGUUUAUGCAUUAUAUGUUGCUGCAGAGGUGGAAUGUACAGGAAAAGCGUGUUAAUAUUGUAUAUUUUGAAUCUGAACAUGUGGAGAUCGAAUCGACAAAUCAGAGACGAGUUAACUUGCGAUGCAGGCACAGCGGUGCGUGGCUUUAGAGCGGCGGCAGUUGAACGAUGGAUCGAUUCGCGGCUGCUGAGUUUUUCACUGUCUUAUUUGCAGCUGCGAGUUCUCGAACUUGUUACAGAUAUGCUGUUGUGAAUGAUAACAACACAACUGUAGGUCAGAUUGCCUUGAGUAAACGGCAACACUUUGUUUUGUAGUGUAUGAGGAUGAUUUUGCACAUAAUUUGAAAACUAGUUAGGUGGAGCCUUUGCUCGAGCACUGGCUAUGUGUUACUGACAUUGUACCCCAUAGUGAAGACUCAGCCUCUCUGCUUCAUAUCUUGGUGGUUUUUAAAGGACUUGGAGCUAAAGUAAAGGUUAUAACAUGAGGGGGGAAAAGUCUUUUUAAAGAUUUAUUUAAGGAAAAAAAAGAAGUGUUAAAAUCUGAAAUGGCUAAAAUUGUUUCCAGAUUCUUGCUGUAGACAGUAAACAUUUUUGUCUUGUAGGGUCCACUGACCUUACAUUUUCUGAUCUGUGCACCAAGAGCCCUGUUUGUUUAUGGUUCGACACAAACCAUUUUCACACUGCACUUAAUGAUUUGCCUUUGGUGUGGGGGGGAGUACCAACCUGUAGUCAAUAGUUUGAAUCUCUUUUUUGGCUCAGAAACAAAGCGCCUGUAUGCCAUUGUACCAACUUUCCCCCCAGCUCUUUAGUGUUUUUAUGCCAGAAGGGGUGUUUUUAAUUUCCAGAUGAUGUCUGCAGAGGGCCAAACGAGCGGUGGACUUUUAGACCUUCUCUUGUGUUUACUAGAACUCCCAGGUGUUUUGCGAGGCAGUCUACCUUUAGACCUCGGUCACUCUGAACUGGAUCAGUUGCACUGAUUGCACAAGUGACUGACCAGAUUAAAGAGUCUACUGUGAUCCACCCCCCCAACUCUCAGUGUUUGGGUUGGGGGAGGAGGUGACUGCUAUUGCUGAAAGUAGGUGGGAGGCAGGCUUAUGUCUCUGUACAGUCUGUUUUAUCAGUAUUCCUUUUAUCUCCUGUCAUUUGGUGGAUCUUGCUGUUUUAUUCUCCCUGGUCCAGAGAUCUGUAUUAAACUGUAUUAAAUGUAUAGAUUGUGCAGAAAGCUGAAUGUUGCAUAGCAGAAGAGAAAAGAUAUUCCUUACAGAUGACAAAGUAAAAUGUAUAAAUGAAACUCAAAGGCAAAGUUUAGGGGAUAAAUGUAAUAUUUUGUUUGUAAUUACUAUUUUUUGUUGGAAGAGGGCUACUGGAUAAAGAAUCAUCUGUAAUAAAAUAAUUUUAAUAUUUA